GGUGGAUCGCGCACAGAUCGCCUCGCCUCUACCGUAGAAAGCAGGUGAUCCUAGGUCAAUUUGACAUUGGACUACAGAAUGUAUCGCAGUGACAACUCCUGCCUGCGUCUUCAUUUCACGCCAGUAACGAGCGGGGCUAGAAGGGUUCCCCGCGUCCCGCAGGAGAUGGUCGACAUGGUCAUUGACGAACUUGGUCGCACGUAUCAGCGCUCAGCGUUGGCCGCGUGCUCACUCACCUGCCGGGAUUGGCUCCCACGCAGCAAAAUUCACAUCCAUUCCUCCGUCCGCAUCGACUCUUGCAGUAACAUCGAACGUCUCACCAAGCUCUACGACUCUCACCUCGCUCGAUACGUUCGCAGCCUCAGCAUCGAUGCCUGUGUCGAUGGCGAGCCCGCCGCUCAUCCGUGGACUGACAAUGCACGUCCCCUCCUCCGCCUCUUCCCCAACGUCGACAGGCUCGCGCUGGAUGCCAUCAUCUGGCAGGAUCUUCACAAGGACACGCAGAAGAUCAUCCUCGAGCAAUAUCCAUCGGUAUCAGACUUGUGGGCCUCCACCUGCGACUUUGCUGACCCUUGCGAAUUCGUAAAGCUCUUGCAAGCGUUCCCGAAGCUCGAGAGCGUCCGUUUGGAGGGGAUGUGUUGGGACACGUCGGAGUGCGAGAAGCAACUCGCUAACAACGGUCCUGAGCUCCGUCUCAAGUGGCUCGAUGUCAACGAACUGUGCAAGCAUCCGAGCGUUGUGGCCAAGUGGGCCUCACGCUACCGCACGAGCGUACAGAUCGAGAAUAUCCACUUUUCCUUGGGGUGCGAUCAUCCCCGCGAGCUUGAUAACCUCCUUCAGCUUGCUGGUUCCUCAGUCAAGACGCUCUCGCUCGGGUUUUUUGCAUGCACGCGAAGCUUCACGCACAUGUCCAUGACGUUGCACCCCUUUCUGAAUCUGAAGUACAACACAUCAUUGCAGUCGCUGCGCCUGUCCUUGCGCUUGGAAUCUCACGAUCAAGUCGACAUGUCGUGGUUUCCGGAAAUUCUAUCGCAGCUGAACUCCAAUCACCUCACGCAGGUGACAUUCUACGUCGAGAUUUUGUUCUGUCAGCAACUUGAAUGGAUCGAUUGGAACGAGGUAGAUGAAUUCUUAUCUCAACCGAAAUUGAAGGGCUUGAUGAGGGUUGAGCUGUGUCUCUGGAGGAGGAGCUCACAUGCCAACUUCGAUGACAACGAUCAUGAUAUUCCCAUCAAGUUCAAAAAGCAUCUUCCUAAAUUGCAGGAACAUGGAAUCUUAUAUCUUUCACAGCAGUUUAACUAGCAUCAUGGCCCUGUAAGGAGGCUUGACAUUGACCUGAAUGUCUGCCUGACUAGAGGGCCGCAGAAGUGGAUGCAGUCCUGCUGGCAGGACUGCUGCAUAUGUCUAGAUUAUUCACGGAGUACAAUUGCUUACUAGCUCCUGUUUGAAGAUGCUACUGCACUUAUAUCUGUCAAAUCAUUAUUUGUUUCAGCUGU